UACCUAUUGCAUUACGUCGAUCAAGACGUAUACGAAAAGCACCAACAAGUGAACUUCCUUCUGCUACAUCUAGUCCAGCAAAAUCUGUUUCACAAACACCAACAAAAAAGAAAUUAACAAAUGGUAAAUGUAAAACUUCUAGUCAGACAAAUAUAAAAAUAUCUUCUCAAACAUCAAAAACGAAUGGUCGUCGUAAAGGUGGUGGUCGCCGUCGUCGUGGUCGUGGUAAUGGUAAAACAUCCAUGAAUGGAUGUUCAUCAAGUGACGAUGAACCUCAACCAUCAGAAGAUGAUGAUGAUUAUAAUUCUGAUGAUUAUUUACCUGAUCAAAAACAAGUAGAUGAAUUAAAUGAUGAAGAUUUAUUAGAAGAAGAAGAUGAUGAAUUUAUUCCACGUCGUUCAGCUAAAACAGUUGCUAAACGUCAUGGACAAAUGAAUGAAAAUAAUAUUGAAGAUUUACCAACAUCAUCAAGUUCAUGUUGUGUUUGUUCAAAAACUGAUCGACCUGAAUCAUUAUUAUUAUGUGAUGAUUGUGAUGAUGCAUAUCAUUUAGAAUGUCUUAAACCAAUAUUAUUAUCUGUACCAGAUGGUGAUUGGUAUUGUCCAUUAUGUGAACAUAAACGUUUAUGUGAUAAUUUAAUUGAAAAAUUAAUACAACUUAUAAAAGAACAUGAAGAACUUGAAAUAAAACGUAAUCAAUGUAUGUCAAAACGUAGUAAUCGUUUAGCUAAUGUUAUGUUAAAUCUUGAUCGAAUGGUUAAACGAUCAACAAAAAAACGACGAACAAAUGGUAUUGUUUAUAGUGAUGAAGAAAAUGAAGAUGAAGAUGAAGAACAGGAACAAGAAGAAGAAAAUGACAAUGAUGACAAUGAUGAUGAUGAUGAUGAUAGUGUUUAUGGUUUUAAAGAUGAUGGUAGUAUAGAUGGUGAAGAAAAAUCAAAAAAUCGACGAGAUGAACAAACAGGAAAACUUGGUGUACGAUCAUGUAGAAGAAAACCACAAAAUUAUCGUUUUGAUGAAUAUGAUAAAAAAAUGAAAGAAGCUAUGAUUGAAGCUGGAGUUAAUGGAGAUGAAAUUGAUAAAGAUUCAGAUGAAUCGAGUAAUGAAAAAAAGAAAAAAUCACCAAAAAAACGUGCUGGUUAUGAAAAAGAUGAAGAUUUUGAUGUAUCUGAUCCGAAAAAUGAUGAUGAAUUUGCACCUGAACCAAAUCGUUCGGGUGGAAGUGGAAGUGAAGAAGAGAAUUAUAAUGAUGACGAUGAUGAUGAUGAAUCAAGUGAUGAUGAUGAUGGUUGGAAAGGUAAACGUCGAUCAUCUUCAAGAAAGAAAUCAAAAUCAAAAUCUAAUCGUAGUAAAAGUCGUAAAUCAAAAAAUAAAUCUGAUGAUGAUGAUGAUGAUGAUGAUUCUCUUUCGGAAACUGAAUUAAGCAAUAUACAAACAAUGGAUACAACAAAAUCUGAUACAAUGAAUGAUACUGAUUUAAAUGAAAUAGGUAAUGAUGAUCGACGACGAUCAACACGAACAGCAGCUCAAAAAAGUUAUGCUAAACAACAAGACGAUGAUGAUGAUGAAGAUGAUGAUGAUGAUGAUGAUGAUUUACUUGAAAAUGGUCGUCCACCACCAAGACGUAUGCGUUAUAAAAAACGACGUGGUAGUGAUGAUUCAUUUGUUGAUGAUGAUGAUGAUUAUGAAAAAUUAGCACGUAAACGUAAAAUAGUUAAAUAUGGAAAAUCAAUAACACGAUCAAGUAUAACAGAUCAUAUUAAAAAAUUAGUUGAUGAAGAUGAAGAACCAAAAGAAGAGAAACCUGCAGCAUCACCAUCACAAGAUCAAAUACCAGAAGAGAUAGACGAUGUUUCAAAACAACAAAAUAAAAUUCCACCUAAAGAAUAUGAAGAACAACAACCAUCAGAUGAUGAUGAUGAUUUUCCAGAUGAACAAGAAAUUUUCAAAGCUAAUGGUUUACUUAAAUUACAAAACAAUUUAACUGGCCCGAAACCUACUGGUUUUCGACCACCGUUUAUGGCUCCAACACAUUCAUAUCAACAUGCAAUUGUCGAUCCAACAGCACGUUUUGCAAUGAUUCGUCCACCAGUUCGACCAGCAAUAAAUAAUGGUUAUCCAUUAAAUGGGCUUAAUAAUAAUAAUCUAGGUGAAAAUCAACAGCCGAAUAAUGAAAAGACAAGAAUGAAUUAUCAAAAAGUUUCAUUAAUCUUUAUUUUAUCUAUAAUUGGUUGUUAUGGAGUUAAAAAUAAAUUUGUUUCAAUUACACUUGAUGCUAAAUGGUUAGAUACACCACUUCAUCAAGAAGCAAGUGAAUUUCUUGCAACACAAAAUCCUCAAGAUUUUUGGUCGUUAAUUAAUGAUGUUAGUUCAUUUCCAGUAUUUACACCAGAUGCACUUGCUACAGCUGAAAAUUAUCAUGCUGAAUUAUUAUCAUUUUGUAGUCAAUAUUUGAAUAUAAUAACAAAUAGUUUAUUACAUAUGGCACUUGCACUUCGAUUUUAUUCACCAACUGUUCAAAUGAUGCGUAAAAUGGCUCAUGAUACUGGUAUGACACGUGAAUGUUCAACAUUUGUUGAUAUACAUGGUGUAUAUACUUGUAAUGUUGAUGAUAUUGAUAAUCUUAUUCAAUCAGCUAAUGAACGAUCGAAAUUUUUAUUACCAUUCGAUCAUCAUUAUCCAAAUCAUAAUAAUAAUAUUGAACAGAAAUCAUUAGUUACUGUUGUUCUCUAUGGUGAUUUCGGUAAUCAAUAUGAGUUUCAACCUUUUCAUAGUAAACUUGUUGAAUUAUCACAUAAUGGAAAAAUUGAUUAUGUCUUGAGACAUAAUCGUGGAAUAUCAAUUGAUGAUCAACGAAAAGUUCGUUUGGCUGGUUAUGGUGUUGAAUUACAAAUAAAAAGUACUGAAUAUAAAGCAACAGAUGAUUCAAAAAUUCGUGAUGAUCAAUUAAAUGAAACAACAUCACAAUUCAAUAAUGAAAAACAAGAAGAACAACUUCAUGGUUUUAUUUUUUCAAAACUUAACGAACUUCAUCCAGACAAACAAACUGAAUUAAAUGAUUUUCGUACAUAUCUUCUUGAUGGUUCAAAUCCAAUGACACCACUUAAAGCAUGGCAAAUGCAAGAUCUUAGUUUACAAUGUGCAUAUCGUGCAUUAAGUGAAAAAACACCUGAAGAAGCAUUUAAUACAUUAGUUGAACUUUCACAAAAUUUUCCUUCUCGUGCUCGUGUUUUAUCAAAAGUUAAAGUUGAUUCAUCAUUUCGUGAAUCUCAUAAAUCUAAUCAAGAACAAUUUCGUUCAAAUAUGGAAAUUGAACCGGGUAAUUCAGCAUUAUUUAUUAAUUCUAUACAACAAUCAUUAGAUACAAUUGAUUUAUAUGUAUUAUUAAAUAUAUUAUUAAAUGAAGGACAAAUGAUGGAACGUUUACAUAUGAUUGGUUUAAAUAAAUCUCAUGUAAGACAAUUAUUAACAAAUGAAUUAAAUAUUCAAACAAUGAGUUAUGUACUUGAUUUUCGUCAUCCAUCAAUACUUUGGUUAAAUGAUCUUGAAAAAGAUAAUCAAUAUUCAAAAUGGCCAUCAAGUUAUUAUGAUUUAUUACGUAAUAAUUUUUUUGGUGGUCUUCGUACAAUACGUAAAAAUCUUUAUAAUCUUGUUAUUAUUAUUGAUCCAUCAGAAAUUGAUACAUUACAAGAUUUAAUGAAAAAUAUUGAAGCUUAUUUUGUUCAUGAAUUACCAAUACGUAUUGGUUUAGUAUUUGUAACAACAAAUGAAUAUGGUAUUAAUCUUUAUCGUGCAUUUCGUUAUUUAUUAAAAUAUAAUGGAAAUCCAAAACGUGCAUUAACAUUUAUUAAUGAAUUAUAUAAAAGUCAAAAUACUGAUGUUAAACAAACAUUUUCAAAAAUAGCAAAAUAUUCUGGUAGUUUAUCAUCAAUAUUUGAUGAAACAAAUCCAUUUGAAAAUGAACGUCAUGAAACAAAUUUAUAUUUUGAACAAAGUGGUUUAUCACGUAAUUUACCACAUGUUUUAUUUAAUGGUAAUCCAUUAACAUCAGAUGAAUUAUUACCAACAUCAUUUGAUGAUGUUAUAACAACACGUAUGUUAAAAAUGCAAUUUGAUAUACAACAACAAGUUUAUCAUGGACAAUUAAAAGAUACAGAUGAUAUUAUUGAAAUAUUAAAUACAAAACCAAAUGUUGUUAAACGUUUAAAUCAACGUAUAUUUGGACAAACACCAUCAAUGCCAACAAUUUAUAUUGAUUUAUCAAUAAUAAAUGGUCAAACAAAUGAUAUAUUAGAUUCAAAAAAAUUUCAAACAUUAUCUGUACGAGAACAAGCUAGUGUUAUUAUGGCUAGUAUGAUUUAUUUAGGAAAAAAAGAUGAAUUAGGUCAACCACUUUAUCCUAUUACAUUAUGGAUUGCUUGUAAUCUUGAUCGACCCGAUGGACGACAAUUAUUUCUUAAUGCUUUAACAUAUUUAAAAAGUCAUACACAUGCAAGAUUAGGUUUAUUGGCUUCUUUUGAUAUUGAAUCUCAACCAGGUAGUCAUCCAAUAACAAAAGCUGUUUAUACAGCUAUUCGUCUUCUUUCACCACCAAUAGCUCGUACAUUUAUUUUCAAAUUACUUAAAGAUGAAAGUGUUGUUGAAGAUUUAUUAGCUCAACGUAAAACAUGGUCGGAUGUUACAGUAAGUGGUCUUAGUAGUCAAACACUUGAACAUGAAAUAGCAACAUUUAAUGAUAAUAUAUUUCAAUCUCAUACUAUAUUUAUUCAACAUAGUCUUCAUUUACCACGUGGUUCACGUUUAGUUUUAGUCAAUGGACGUAUAUUAGGACCAUUAUAUGAUCAUGAACAAUUUACUGAAGAUGAUUUUAUUCUACUUGAUAAACAUUUAUCAACAACAAUUAAUGAUCGUCUUAUAAAUAUAGUUAAUAAAUUAGAAUUAUCUAAUAAUCCAUCACAAUUAUCUGAUCUUCUUAUGCGUAUAUCAUCAAUAAUAAGUCAAAAUGAUAAAAAUUCUUCACCUGUACAACGUAAACAAACACCACGUAUAUCAUCAACAUCAAAAGCUGUACUUCAUUUACCAGCACAACGUACAGAUGAACCAGCAUUUUUAUUUGAAGCUAUUAUUGAUCCAGCAUCACGUGAUGGACAACGUUUAUUAUCAUUAAUAUCCGCUUUACGUCAAUCAAUAAAUCAUGAUCUUAUUAUAUAUUUUAAUUGUAAAUUACAAUUAUCUGAACUGCCAUUAAAAAGUUUUUAUCGUUAUGUUUAUGAUACUAAUUUAGAAAAAAUGCCAAGUGCUGUAUUUCAUCAUGUACCUGAAACACCUAUAUUAACAUUAGGUAUGGUUACACCAGAAUCAUGGAUGGUUGAACCUGUUACAUCACUUUAUGAUUUGGAUAAUAUACAUUUAGAAGAUGUACCUAUUGGUAUUAAUGGUAAUUUUGAAUUACAAUAUUUAUUAAUUGAAGGACAAUGUUUUGAUGAAACACAAAGUUAUCCUCGUGGUUUACAAUUAAUAUUAGGUACAAAUAAAACAAAAAAUAUUUUUGAUACAAUUGUUAUGGCUAAUCUUGGUUAUUUUCAAUUAAAAGCUUAUCCAGGUGUAUGGUAUUUAAAUUUACGUGAAGGACGUUCUGAUGAAAUAUAUACAAUUGCAUCACAUGAUAAUACAGAUUCAUCAACACGUACAAGUCAACCGGUUCUUAUUGCAAUACGUUCAUUUGAUGCACGUUGGAUUAAAGUUUAUGUUGGAAGAAAAUCCGGAAAAGAAAAUGAAAAAUUACUUGAAGAUUCAUCAGAUGAUACACCAUCAAAUUCUGGUAGUAUUUGGGAUUCAUUUAGUUUUGGUAGUAGUCCAUCAUCAUCAUCAUCAUCAUCAACUAAAAUUGAUGAUAUAACAGAUGAUACAAUAAAUAUAUUUUCUGUAGCUAGUGGUCAUCUUUAUGAACGUUUAUUACGUAUAAUGAUGAUAAGUGUACUUAAAAAUACGAAAAAAUCAGUAAAAUUUUGGUUUUUAAAAAAUUUUCUGUCACCAUCAUUUACAAGUUUUUUACCAUAUUAUGCUAAAAAUUAUAAUUUUACAUAUGAACUUGUACAAUAUAAAUGGCCAAAAUGGUUAACAGUUUAUCCAACUGAAAAACAACGUAUUAUAUGGGGUUAUAAAAUACUUUUUCUUGAUGUAUUAUUUCCAUUAGAUUUAAAAAAAGUUAUUUUUGUUGAUGCUGAUCAAGUUGUUCGUGCUGAUCUGGCAGAAUUACGUGAUUUGGAUUUACAUGGAGCUCCAUAUGGCUAUGUUCCAUUUUGUGAUAAUCGCCGAGAGAUGGAGGGUUAUCGAUUUUGGAAAAGUGGUUAUUGGGCUAGUCAUUUAGGUCAUCGACGUUAUCAUAUUUCGGCACUUUAUGUUAUUGAUUUGAAAAAAUUUCGUAAAAUAGCUGCUGGUGAUCGUCUUCGUGGUCAAUAUUAUGGUUUAAGUCAAGAUCCAAAUUCUUUAUCAAAUCUUGAUCAAGAUUUACCAAAUAAUAUGAUACAUCAAGUUAAUAUUUAUUCAUUACCUGAAGAAUGGCUUUGGUGUGAAACAUGGUGUGAUGAUGAAUCGAAAAAACGUGCUAAAACAAUAGAUCUUUGCAAUAAUCCACAAACCAAGGAACCAAAAUUAACAGCAGCUACACGUAUUAUAGCUGAAUGGGCUGAUUAUGAUCAAGAAAUAAAAACAUUAAUGGCUCAAUGGGAAGAAGAAGGUAAACCAAAUUUAUUAUUAACAACAUCCACAACGAAUACAAUGAAUGUUGACGAUGGUGAUCAAACACAUUCAAUCAAUAUACAUGAUCCUACCGAGUUGUGA